AUCCUUCUGUUGUUGGAUUCGUGUGUAUGUGUGUGUGUGUGUGUGUGUGUGUGUGUGUGUGUGUGUGUGUGUGAUAAAUUUGUACAUCUUUUCUUCAAAUUCAUAGUCUUCCUAUGGCCAAAAAACGGACACAACGAUAGCAACAAUAAAAACAAUAACAAAAUAAAACAAAAUUAAAUAAAAAAAUUAACAAUGAAUGUCUAUUCUGGUUUUCUAGAAGUCAUAGUCUGGGUUCAAUGAGUGUACAUGUCCAAAACCCAUCUUGCACUGUAAUGACUGUCCAGAGGGAACUUCAAUGUGUGAAGAUGGACUUGCUUUGGCAGCAAAACUAAAAGGAUAGUGCCAGAACGAAACACAGGCUCCCUGGAAUAUCAGCACUCUGCCAGUCUCAGUCAAGAAACUUUAGUGACAAAAAAGAGGUGAAGUGACAGCAUCAUAACAUCUUUAUCAUAACUCUCAAUGCCCGUGGACCCCCAGAUCUAUACCUUUACCUAAGAUGACUCCAGAGCAGUGUAGACCGAAUGCCACACUUCACUGCAAAAUCUAGCUCAAAUGGCUACUCCUCCUAGUUUGCCUUUACUGAGAUGGAUCCUUUUCUUCACUGUGUCAGUUGCCCAAUCUUCAGUGAUGGCAUUCAGGGUGACUGAGGGCAGCACAGUGAUUUUGUCCUGUCAUUACUCAGUUAAGCAGCAUGGCCUAAGCCAUGUCUGUUGGGGUCGAGACUGUGGAACCUUCUGGUGUAAUGAUAUCAUCGUACAGACAGAUGAAAAUGGCAUCAUCUCAAAGGUUUCAGACAGGUACAGACUCAUUGGAGAUAUUUUAUCUGGACAAAUGGACCUGGGGAUCCAGCAUAUACGAAGGACAGACAGUGGGUCUUACUGCUGCAGAAUAGACAUUGAUGGGCUUUUCAAUGACAAGAAGGUGACCUACACUCUAAAGGUCAUGAGAGCUCAAACAACAUUGGCUCCCACAACUACUACACUUCCUACUACUGUGCUACUGCAAACUGAAACUGUGACAUCUCUUUUAGAUCAGACCAGUCAAACAGAGUUAUCAGAUUUCGACAUUUCCAGGCAGAACUUAACCCUGAUGAAUUCUGUGGCUAUAUCUGAUGAAGCAGUCUCGAGCAUCACACUGCAGAUCAACAUCCCUGUGCUGUCUGUGUCUCUCAGCCUGCUCUUGCUCCUGCUGGGGGCACUGAUCCUGCUAGCCUUCAAACGUGCAUUUCAUAUUAAAGUGCUUGACACAGGAUGUUUCUCAAAGGAACCAAGGCACAUCAUUUAUGAAAUAAGGACCAGAAGACCAGUGGAAGAAAACAUUUAUACUCUCGACUAAGACCAUAUCCAAGGCCUGCUGAAACGCCUUGUAACAAGUUUUUUGUUGCAUAUGUUUUAAGGUUCAUUGUGAUAAAUUACUUAUAACAUGUUUUUAAUGUCGAAAAUCAUAGAGCAAAAAUUGUGAGGUCUGGCAGACAUUCCACUAGCAGGUGACACAGUGGCAAAUGGAUGUCAGCCCACUAGACUUCAAACAGUGUAGCCAUCUUGUGGCAUUGCUCUUUAACGAUGAAUGUUACAAGUACAAAAUACUGUGUUUUGAUAUCUAACAAUAAACUGAUAUUAUAAUGUGUGUUUGCAAA